AUGUGUCCAACACACACAGAUCUGGGACCGCGAAGGGCUGCCCAGGAGACACAGCGAAGAGCGGAGAGAUCGGCGUGGCUCGGCGAAGAUGGCGGCAGAGGCGAGGGCCAGUCCAAAAGGCGCCACAGACAAGAUCUCGAUUCUCGAUCUUCCAGGCCCGAUUACCGCGUGAAGGUCGCUGAUGCGCUGACAAAUACUGCUGGUACGUUUGACAAAUCGCGGCGGCUGGAGCAUGAAAUACCAAUCCUCCCUGACCUGACUAAAGAUUACAAGCAGCAGCACGCAGCUAUCCAAGAAUGGUCCUGCUGUAAUAUGAUUGUGGUGAAAGCAUAUGCGAUCACAGCCAGAGAAAGUGCAGCACCUGAGAAGUAUGACUUCAAGACGGGCAGUCGUGUGGUGGAGACAGGCAGAUCACGGAACGCGAAGGCGCGCAAGACUUCAUCCUCAAGCUCAAGGAUAGUGUUGGAACAACGGUGCGAACGGCGCGGGGCGCGUUUGUCCACGGGCGUAGCGAUGCCCGGGCCUCCGGCCCCCGGCUACUCGCGCGCCCAAGCUUUUGAGCUCAUUCCUGACGACGCGGGUCAGCGUGUUUCAACAGAUAGCACUGCGACAGGGCGCCCAGGACAUAACGAAGGGCGACUGAACCAAAUGCCAAUUAAUCAAGCUCUACAGACAGAGUUGUUAUCUGCUCACGUAUUGGAGGAACCCGGACCAUCCUCUGUAGGAAGAACACCACGCUUGAACGAGGACGUCCUGACGCACAUUGUGUCCUACCUCUCAACGCACGAUGCUCUCAACAUGUCUCUCACGUCUCGCGACAUCUAUACCAUCGCAAAGCGUCAUGCUCUUUCUGUCGUGACAAUGCGGAGCAACGCAAUAGUGCGAAUUUGCACAUACAUGCUCGACGACAUUCCUGGUCGCCUACAUUGGGUCCGCGAGCUUCAAGUGUGCUUCCAUAACAUUGACGGCUGCUUUUUCUUUGCCGUCGAAUUAAGCGACACCGCAGCACGCCUGCUUGUAUCUCUCUUCGAGAACGCCAUCCAUCUCAAAUCUCUCCGGAUCCCAUACUUGGUCGACACGUUGCUGCUAACGCAGCCCCGCAUUGCGCCCGCCCUCUCAGCAUUGCACCACUUAGAGAUUCUGGAUCUAGAAUUGAGCCCCGCUGAGAGCGAGAGCGAGAGAAACGCAGAAGUAUUUGCAAUACAGAGAGAGAUGCUGAGGGAGAUGCGUAGCAGGCCGGUAGAGCUGUCACUCUGGAUCCCGUCCUUCAGUGACCUUUCUAGUAUCCAACAUAUUCAGACCAUCAGACGUCUCACUCUCUCGCGACUCAACUCGCAUAACGAAGAGUACCCAAAUCAUGCCCAAGGGUCACAACUCGUAUUGUCCUGGCCCACUGUUUCGAGUUUGACUCUGAAUAGAUGUCGACUCUCGAUGUCCCAGGCGGUCCGAGCUUUCCCCAAUCUGCGAGAACUAUGCGUGCGGUAUCCAUCAUCAGGUUUGACUUCGACGAGCAGCGUAUGUUGGCCACACAUGGACUACGUCAAGGGUCCUAUAGCGCUCUUCAAGGAAUGGUCAUUCAAUUGCCAUGUGCACUAUCUCAUGAUGACGCCGAUGCCCUACUUCGAGUCCGCCGAUGACGUUACCGUGCUGGAUACGUGUUCAAGACAGCUCAACAAUUGCUCUGCUCGUCGGUACAUUGGUUAUCUCAGAUGUCGACCCACUUCGUCUUAUGCCACUGCGGGCUUGUUUGUCGAAAGGCUGAAGGGUUUCAUCCUCAAAGACAACAUUGCGACAGGAUGCUCAGGAAACACAACGAACAGCAGCAAAGAUUGUCGCAGAGGUGAGGACGACGCAAUCAAGGGUGAGGGUCGUGAUAGACGCACCAAACGUGUUACUGAGAGGCUUCGGCAAUGGGAGAUGCGCCUCGGCCACGCUCCACUGCCCAUCGCGCGCGCACAAUCGCCGAACCCGCCGCCAUUACUGAAUGAAUGUCCUCGCCACCACUUCCAGCAGACACAAUAG